CUGCUUAUCUGAAUUUCCUGGUUCUCAUCUCCCCCAGCCAGAUCUGAAGACAAGAGGAGUUAAUGCUUACCGUGCUCUCUCUGCAGAGCACAGAACUGAAGGAUUUUCAGAAUGGCUGUGGCUCCUCAGGCACCAGGGAGGGGCUCCGUUCGGAAGACAAGACCUUUAACUGUAAAGACUUCACUGAACAACCCAUAUACUAUCUGCUGGAGUGCUCUGGAGAGAGAAGAUAUGCACUUCAUCUUACAAACACUUGAAGAUAGAUUUAAAUCUGUUGGGCUUGAGAAGAUUGAGGAUAAGAGUAGAAAGAAAAAGCAGCCUUUUUCAAAAAAACAAGGCAGAGAGAAAUGUAGCAUAGAUGUUAUAAGUGACGCUCUGGAGAGAAAACCAGAAGAUAACCAACAGGUGUCAGGGUGGACUUCUGUCCAUGUCAGGAAGCAGCUUGCCAUUGGCGUUAAUGAAGUGACCAGGGCUCUGGAAAGGAACGAACUGCUUUUAGUUCUCGUGUGUAAGUCAGUCAAGCCUGCGAUCAUCACCUCACACCUGAUUCAGUUAAGUUUAAGCAGAAUGGUUCCUGCUUGUCAGGUUCCCCGUCUCAGUGAGAGAAUUGCACCUGUCAUUGGCUUAAAAUGUGUCCUGGCCUUGGGAUUCAAAAAGAACACCACUGACUUUGUCGAUGCAGUAAAAGCUAUAAUCCCCAGAGUACCCAGUCUAAAUGUACCAUGGCUUCAAGACAGACUUGAGGACUCCAGGGAAAAUUCAGAGUCUGACUCUUUGGAAAACGAAGACAAAGACAUUUUGGACACUUCCUUUGAAGACCUCUCUAAACGCAGGAGAAAGCCAACUGAAGGUCAGCAGGCUGUAGUGCUGCAACCCCUUAAAAUAAAGAAACUGAUUCCAAACCCUAAUAAAAAGAGGAAACCACCCAAAAGUAAAAAAACUACUUCAAAGUAAACUUGUCACUUCAUACAACUGGAAAAUGACACCUUGUAAAAAGAAACCUUGAAUAAAUUGUUACUUUUACAAAGA